AUGUCCCAUCUUCGCAACCCAGAGCGAUGUAUAUCGAAAGCAAAACGUAGAUGGGCCGGUCACAUCAUGAGAAGAAUCGACGAUAGAUGGACUAAAAGAAAGCUAGAGUGGAUCCCAAGGGACGCAAAACGCCCCCGAGGGAGACCUCCAACGAGAUGGGGUGAUAUGUUCGCUGCACGAAUGGACGAGGUGAGAGCUCAGCUGAACACAGCUCAAGGACUUCGUCAACGUCCCCCACGAAACUCGGGAGCAUCUGGGAUCACAUUGGCGAGGGACGAAACGAGUGGAAAUAAUACCGAGGCCGCACGUCCAGUAAAGACGGGUGAUCUAAGUAUCUAA